AUGUCGCAGUGUGUGGAAAAACUACUUAUUGGACUCGCUUACCUGGCAUUCGGCAUCACUUUUCCAGUUUCCCUAAUAUUUUGUCUCAAAAUUGUCACGGAAUACGAACGUGCUGUCAUUUUUCGUCUUGGCCGCAUCCGGGAAGGACAAGCCCGCGGUCCCGGAAUAUUUUUCAUCUUGCCAUGCAUCGACGAGUACUUUUGUGUGGAUUUGCGCGUGAUAUCCUUUGACGUGCCCGCACAAGAAAUUCUCUCAAAAGAUGCGGUAACCGUAAAUGUCGAUGCUGUCGUUUACUAUCGCGUACAAGACCCCAUGAAAGCCAUUGUGGAAAUUAAAAACGCUGAUUAUGCCACACGUCUUUUGGCACAAACUACUCUGCGAAAUGUCCUUGGCACGAAAGAUCUCACGGAAAUUCUUACGGAACGCGAUCAAAUUUCGCAAAUGCUAAAAUCGAUAAUUGACGAGGCAACGGAUCCGUGGGGCGUGAAAGUGGAACGCGUGGAAAUCAAGGAUGUUUCAUUGCCGAAAAACAUGCAACGCGCAAUGGCGGCCGAAGCAGAGGCCAGUCGUGAGGCUCGAGCCAACAUCAUUGCGGCCGAGGGAGAGAAAAAGGCAUCGCAAAAUUUGAGAGAAGCUGCGGAAAUUAUGAUGGAAAGUCCGGCAAGUAUGCAGCUACGAUAUUUGCAAACGUUGAACUACAUCGCUGCCGAAAAGAAUUCCACAAUUGUCUUUCCCCUGCCAAUGGACUUGAUUGGAAUUCUUUUAUUUAUCAUCAGAAGUCUGAAAAUGGCUUCAAGUACAUAUGAUAUGAAGCUUUCUGCUGACUCGCCUUUCAAAAAAUUAUCACAAAUCGUAAAGAAAAUGUAG